CAAUAUCCAGAAUUCAUAGCGAUUUCAGGACAUAGUAUUGCCCCAGUGAAGGUGUAUCCAGUUGAUCUGGAGAAAUAUGAAAAAGUCUGUUUAUAGCCAGCACUUUCAACCAGGGGAUUUUGAAACUGAACUGAAGUCUCAACGGAUGGGGAUGCCAGGUCACUAAACGUUGAAAAGUCAUGCUAUUCCAUCGAUUUACCCCUUCACUUCAAAGAGGAAGGCAUCCAUCGGCCAACAUCAGUGCAGCAGAAAAUAAAUCGAGCUGAGGCAACGUAGCUAACUAGCUAGUGAACUACAUCUGUUUAUGUAAACCAAAAUCGAGCUCACUAGCUUUAAUAUGCUUGCUGACAUUCCAGAACAAAUCAAUGUAAUUAGCCUGGCGAUGUGAUUUUUAAGUUUGCAAGCUAACGUUAGCUUUGUUAGGUUACAUUACCUGCAGCCUACCGGACCGUAUCUAACCAUUAGCUAGCUAGCUAACUAACUACCGCAGAGGCAAACGUGGCUAGGAGUUCUAUUUAGAGUCCGAUUCAAUCAACAUCUGCAGCAGCAUCAACAUCAAGCUCAGCACCAGGAACUAGUACUAAUCCUGCUGCUGAUGAUGACAACCUCUCCACCAUCUUUAAUAGUAGACCCAUUGGAUGAAAGCUUUCAACUGGGAACAAGCUCAAGCUCAACAUAAUCAGACUCGAAAAAAAGCCGGGACAGCCAAAGGAGACUUGCAGUACAAACAAAUCUUCUGCAAGAGGUGGGUGGUGAAGAAGGUGUACGAGCCCAGAACCCACUACUUCAGGGAGAGGCUUGUCCACCUGACUGUGGAGCAAAGAAAGGACCAGAGAGUUGUAUACAAGGAGCCAGAGUCACAGCUCCCCAAACUCAACAUCCCUGCCAACAUCGCCACAGCGCCAAAGCCUGCUAAACCCGCUGCCAUGACCCAACACAAGACAAGGACCUGAGCCCUAGGACCAUGCCUCAGGACUACCUGGUAUGAUGACUCCUUGCUGUCCCCAGUCCACCUGGCCGUGCUGCUGCUCCAGUUUCAACUGUUCUGCCUGCGGCUAUGGAACCCUGACCUGUUCACCGGACGUGCUUGUUGCACCCUCGACAACUACUAUGAUUAUUAUUAUUUGACCAUGCUGGUCAUUUAUGAACAUUUUAACAUCUUGACCAUGUUCUGUUAUAAUAUCCACCCUGCACAGCCAGAAGAGGACUGGCCACCCCUCAUAGCCUGGUUCCUCUCUAGGUUUCUUCCUAGGUUUUUGGCCUUUCUAGGGAGUUUUUCCUAGGGAGUUUUUCCUAGCCACCGUGCUUCUUUCACAUGCUUUGCUUGCUGUUUGGGGUUUUAGGCUGGGUUUCUGUACAGCACUUUGAGAUAUCAGCUGAUGUACGAAGGGCUAUAUAAAAAUAAAUUUGAUUGAUUAAUAUAGAAUACCUAGUAUGCUCACAACUGCAUUGUGGUAUAGAUAUUGCUAGCUCUUGUACAUAUGUUUCAUACAUAUGUUUAACAAGUCAGACGCGAAGGAUUUACUUCAGACGGGAUUUACCCUCAUCCACAUAAUCUGCCUUUACCAUCGGUCCUAUUAGCCAACGUUCAAUCAUUGGAUAAUAAAAUAGACAAACUAUGAUCACGUAUAUCCUACCAACGGGAUAUAAAAAAAUGUAAUAUCUUAUGUUUAACUGAGUCGUGGCUGAACGACGACAUGAAUAACAUGCAGCUGGCGGGUUUUAAGCUGUAUCGGCAGGAUAGGACAGCGGCGAUCUAUGUAUAUUUGUAAACAACAGCUGGUGCAUGAAAUCUAAUGAAGGAUAUGGCUUGUGGUGAGAUAUUGUGUAGCUAAAGGUAAUGUGUCAGCCUAUUAAUUAGGAAAAUAUAAAAAAUUGCCUAUUACUAGGCUAUUCAAAAUAAUGGACUAUAAUUGUAGAAUAACUCUGUUAGCUGCUCUGCACAAUCAAUGAACCAACAGCGUUGCCUAGACCAGUGGUUCCCAAACUGUGGACAUGCCCCCUAGGGGGGCUGCGACGGGUCAGCAAGGGCGGCACGGGGGUCCCCCACCUCCCAAAUGAAAAAAAUAAAUAAUAAUGGAACACAGUCCGGCUUUAAACUUUCUGUUGAAAGUUGUAAUAGUAGAAUGCACAAGGUGCAAAUUCGAAAUCGGGUAGCGCAUCAUCAGUUCCUCUUGUCAUUACAGUCAUUGCAUACCUUAGAGAGCUAUUUAUAACUUCAGAAAUCAACUAGCCCAUGUCAGCUAAUGUUUUCUUAUCUAGGUUUUUUAGCCCAUAGAUAUUGUUGUAAUUUUUUUGUCACUCAUUUAUGUUUAUUUAUUUUUUGUAUUUUACCCCCCUCUUUGUCCCCAAUUUUGAUCUUGUCUCCUUGCUGCAACUCCCCAACGGGCUCGGGAGGCGAAGUUCGAGUAAUGCGUCCCCCGAAACCACGCUUCUUAGCACCCGCCUGCUUCCCCUGAACCACGCUUUUUUGCACACGCCUGCUUAAUCAAGAAGCCAGCCGCACCAAUGUUUUGGAGGAAACGCCAUUCAACUGACGACCGAAGUCUGCCUGCAGGCACCCGGCCAGCCACAAAGAGUCACUAGAGCGCAAUGAGCCAAGUAAAGCGCCUCCCGGCCAAACCCUCCCCUAAACCCGGAUGACGCUGGGCCAAUUUUGCGCCGCCCUAUUGGACUCCCGAUCACAGCCGGUUGGGAUACAGCCCGAGAUCUAACCCGGGUCUGUAGUGAUGCCUCUAGUGCUGUGAUGCAGUGUCUUAGACUGCUGCACCACUCGGGAGGCCAGGCACAAAUUUUUUUGUCACUCAAAAUACACAACAAACAUUAGACAUGGCAAAAUGUAUAGUAUUGCAAGAAAAUUUGCUUUUAAACUGCAAAAUGUGCUUUGCACCACAUGACAAAUUGUGUAUAAUUGCUUGAAAUAAAAUUGCAAAAUUCUCUCCACCAA